GUAGGAUUUCUGAUCCAAUUCGUAUGGGUUUCCGGUAUUCAAUUGCUGGCAGGGCCUCCAUUCACCCCCCCCCGGAGUUAACGAUAUGGUGCCUGAGGCAGCAACAACAACCCUUCCCGUCUAGGCUUAGCGCCGUCCGCGGAGAUCCUCAGGCAAGAAAGACGAUCGCCAACGCAACAGCGACAAGCUCUCGCUGCGCUUCACGUCUCCAUCCCCUUCGACCCUUGCUCCCUGCCCUGCGGCAACCAUGUCAUAUGCCGUGGAAACCAAAAAGCGCAAAUUCCACCGAGUUCUAGAGUCAUUGACGAAACCCUCGACCCCCGAACCGCCGUCCAAACCAGCGCCCCCAACGCCCCGAGAACCCACCACCUCCGCGGACCUUUCGGCGAAGAAAGCUCGUCUGACCGGCGGCCAGAAUGGCACCGACCUCGCCUCGGUACGGAAAACGAUCGUGAAGGUGAACCGACCCGAUUCCCGCGACUCGGCCUCGCCCCGACCGACUUUUGUGCCCUGGGAUCGCGAGCGGUUUCUCGAGCGCCUGGCGACUUUCCGGCGCGUGGAUCGCUGGUCCCCGAAGCCGUCGGCGAUCAGUGAGGUGGAAUGGGCGAAGCGCGGUUGGAUAUGCUCUGAUGUGUCGCGGGUGACUUGUGUUGGGGGAUGUGGUGGCUCGGUCGUGGUCAAGCUGCCCGAUGAGCUGGAUGAAUUGGAUGGAUACGAUAGUGAAAAGGUGCAGGAGAGAAGGGAAGUCCGCGACCGACUCGUAAAGGAGUACGUUGACAUCGUCGUUCAAGGACAUGGUGAAAGCUGCCCGUGGCGCAACAAGGGCUGCGAUGCCACCAUCCAUCGACUCCCCUUAGCAAACCCCGACACCGCCAUAUCCGCCCUUCGCGCCCGUUAUUCGCACCUCAGCAAAAUGGCUACCCAGCUACCGGACUACGACGUCCUUCAAACCCCAAAAUCCUACAAACUAGAGGACAUCAAGAAAACGCUCCCAAGCGCAGGCUUCACAGACCCCGAACCAGACGCAGAGAACACAGAGGUCGCAGAUCCCCCAUCUCCCUCCCCAGCCGGCAAACAACCCCCAGCCAUCGCCAGCAACGGAAAAACCGAAGACUCAACCCACGAGGAACCGACCCUCAACCGCACGGCAUUUGUCCUCGCCUCCUUCGGCUGGGACAGCGUCUCCGACGGCGCAGCCGGUCUCGCAGAAUGCAGCGCAUGCUUCCGACGUCUCGGACUGUGGAUGUACAAACCGAAACCGAACGGCGACAGUGCCAUCUACGACGCCCUGGACGCGGCCAACGAACAUAUGGAAUACUGUCCCUGGAUCAACGGCGAAGCGCAAAGCGGGACAGGAAAGACGGGUCAGAAACCCGACGAGCUGCACAGCGGAUGGGCGAUCUUGGUGCAAGCGCUGAGAGUGAAGCACCGUCGUCGCAUCCGCUCCACUGCUUCUGUGGCUAGCUUUGCGGCCUCGGAGUCGCCCUCUACGGAUGACCCUGUCGUCGAUGACGCCAAUAUCGAAGCCAAGAAGGCGUCGGAUCGUGAAUGGUGGACGAAGCUUCGGAAAAUGAGACAGGUGCUUAAUGUAAAGUCUCCGAAGAGAAAGUCGACUACUGGAUGAUUGGAUUUAUGCGUUUCACAUGGGAUUUAUGAUGGCAGCGUGGCGUUCAGGGCAUUGUUUUGCGUGCUCUUUUCUCAUCUUCGUGUAAAGGACUUCUCAUCGCUAACAUUUACAUAUAAUGGCAAAAUGCUCAACUAUGCAGCUACUACUAGUAACCACUGGUAGUAGACUGCUGGGAGAAUGGAGAAG